GCCGCCGCCGGGGGCUUGGCCGCCCGGACUUAUCUCCGCGCCUUCCCGGCAUGCCCCGCUCGCCGGCGGCCGCCAGUCCCGCGCCCGGACUCGGCCAUCGAGGGGGGCCCGGCCGCGGGAGCGCCCCCGCCUGCGUCCCGGAGCCGCAGCCGCAGCUUCAGCCCAUGAGGGGGACUGACCAGGACUGAGGGAGCCAGCUGGAAGCAUGGAGACCGUGGUGAUUGUUGCCAUAGGCGUGCUGGCCACCAUCUUCCUGGCCUCAUUUGCAGCCUUGGUGGUGGUUUGCAGGCAGCGCUACUGUCGGCCUCGAGACCUCCUGCAGUGCUAUGAUUCCAAGCCUAUCGUGGACCUCAUUGGCGCCAUGGAGACCCAGUCUGAGCCCUCUGAGCUAGAACUGGAUGACGUUGUCAUCACCAACCCUCACAUCGAGGCCAUUCUGGAGAACGAAGACUGGAUCGAAGAUGCCUCGGGUCUCAUGUCCCAUUGCAUCGCCAUCUUGAAGACCUGUCACACUCUGACGGAGAAGCUCGUUGCCAUGACAAUGGGCUCAGGGGCCAAGAUGAAGACCUCAGCCAGCGUCAGUGACAUCAUUGUGGUGGCCAAGCGCAUCAGCCCCAGAGUGGACGAUGUUGUGAAAUCCAUGUACCCUCCGUUGGACCCAAAGCUGCUGGAUGCCCGGACAACUGCCCUGCUGCUGUCUGUCAGUCAUCUGGUGUUGGUGACCAGGAACGCCUGCCACCUGACUGGAGGCCUGGAUUGGAUUGACCAGUCGCUGACAGCCGCCGAGGAGCACUUGGAAGUCCUUCGAGAAGCAGCCUUAGCUUCUGAAUCAGAUAAAGGCCUCCCAGGCCCUGAAGGCUUCCUUCAGGAGCAGUCAGCCAUUUAGUGCCUAACUGGCCAGCAACUGGUCACAGGGGCCAGUCUGCUGCCAUGACUGGGUGGCUCAGCUGAGCCUUCCACUUCUUCCUGUAGAGUUAGGUGUUCUCCACGGCUGGGAGUCCAGCUGUGUUUGUGUAGUAAAGCAGUUGGUGCCUCUGUUGUAGUUACAAAUGGCAGCUGGUAAGUGGCAGUCUAAUCCCACAAUUAGGGGAGAUGACAGUUACCAUCUGUACAGCUGAGCUUCGAAAACGGGAGGACUGUAAGCUGCAUUUAGCUCACGUAGUGCUUUCAAGAAAAUCCAGCCACCGUCUUACGCAUCAGGAGGUUUCACAUUAAAAUCAGAAUUUCUGGCUUCUCUCAAACAAUCAGAAGAUGAUGAAGCAGCUCUGAUCUACAUUUUCCAAAGUGGACAAUCAAUUGGAACUAAAUAGGAGUUGCCUCUCUUGACAAUACUUGUCCUCUCUCACUUGGCCUUUUUCGUUUAUUUGUGAUGUGUGCCUGGUCCCUGAGGAUCUGAGUGGCCUACUUCCCUUUAUAGGUUUGGGUUUGAAGGUGAGCAAUGUAGAGGUGAUCAUUCCCUUAUUAUUAUGCCUGCAAUUUUACCUAGCUACCACUAGGUGGAGAGUAAAUACAUACUUAGCUUUC